GCAGCGCUGAGCUGUGCCCCGCUCCCACAGGAGCACCCCGAGGACGGCCGUGCCAGCAUCUACCGCUCCGUCAUCAUCAACACCUCCAAGGAGAUGAUGUGCUUCAGCGACUUCCCCAUCCCUGAGGACUUCCCCAACUACAUGCACAACUCCAAGAUCAUGGAGUACUUCCGCAUGUACGCCCAGCACUUCGACCUGCUCCGCCACAUCCGCUUCAGGACCAGCGUGUGCCGCGUGUCCAAGCGCCCCGACUUCGCCAGCAGCGGGCAGUGGGAGGUGGUGACGGAGAGCGAGGGGAAGCAGGAGGCGGCCGUCUUCGAUGCCGUGCUGGUGUGCAGUGGGCACCACACCAACGCUCAUCUCCCGCUCAGUUCCUUCCCAG